CCCCAAUCCUCAGCCCCUCUGCCACGACACUCAGAGCAGUAAAGUUAACCUUGUUCGGAAUAGUGCCGCAAACACCUCCGGCAGGGCUCCUUGAUACCCAGACCGGCAAUACUGACAAAAUGACGCAGCCUUCAGCGUAUUUGCGACUCCAGCGUCGUCCGGGCAAUAGUCAACAUUACGCUGUGAAAUUUUCAUCGCAGCUCGGAAAACCAACAGAAAGCCGUACACAAUGAAUUACGUCGUGCUCAGCGAGCGAGCAUCUGAAGCUUUUGGCGUUGGCUUCAUCAUCUUCGUAGCAGCCAUCGUCAUAUGGGCACCUUCUUUGGUCGACUCGUUCUUUUUGAAGAAGCAUUCCGCUGUGGAAGUCGCGCGUCGCAUGUCUAUCAUGGAGGAAACGAAUCCCUCGACUCGAUCGCAGAAGAAGGCGCUCAUCCACCAGUCCGAUGCUGAUGGCGAUCGCAUGACAGUGUCUGAUUUCGGCAGCGAAGGCGAAGAAGAGUUGGACGAGUACGAAGAGCUUGACGACGGGCAGGAAGACGAGGAGGUUGAGGAUGACGAUGAAGAAGGCUUGGUCCCUCCAACCGAAUUCAAAGGCGGCUUCCGCGUCCCGGAUCUAUCCUCCGCGUUCUACACCCCGCCAUCGGUUGCAGACAUGUCGGAAACCUCGGCGCGGGAGAUCACGCGAUCCCAUAACAUCAUCUCGGACCUCGAGGUGCAGCACGAGGCCAUGGCUGAUGAAAUCAUUCGACUGCGUGAGGAACUCGUGAGUGAGAAGGAAACCUCCGAGCGUGUCAGGGAGGAGGCGAAGACGCUGCAGGUGACCAUGUCACGAGAGAUGGAUAUUAUCAGAAGCAUGCUUCGCGACUAUCGGGAUGGGAAGAAUGCGACGCAGGAACGUGUGGUCGACUCUGUUGAGACUUACAAGGUACAGCAAGCCAUCAAAGUGCCGCAUGAAAUCGAGACAUCAAAAGGAGCAUCUCAACUGGCCCAGCAUAAGAUGGCCUCCUCACUGAAACUCCCGCAUAUGGCAGCUUGAGAUCGUAGUCACACAUCCCGAGAUUUGCAAUUCAGUCCGUUGUCACAAAUAAUAACAAUCAUCCCAUGAAGAAAACCGAGUUUCUCGAGGAUCUUAUUUACAUAUAUACGUAGUGAAUGCUUUAGAAAUAUGUACAGAUGCACGGUAAGCACACCCACUGGAAGUAGAGGGUAUAGAGGCACAAGCGUAGGCUUAGAAGUAGAAGAUCCCGAGCAAGGCAGGUUCCAAAAAGAGGUCGGCGGGUAUCAUAAGCUC